AUGGCAGAUGAGGAUACCAAGACUACUCUAGAUGUUCCACAGGUGUCCGUCUCCAACAAUGAGGCGCCCCCAACGCAACAAAGCCAAGGGCACGAUACCCCCCAGCGAGACGUCGUGAUGGCUGAUGUGCCAACGGAUCAAGCAUCACCAGCACCCGCAACUUUUGCACCAAGCCCUGCUCCUGGUCGCACGGGAACACCAGCGCACGGCUCUAGAGCGGCUUCAGCGCAUCCGGAUCCUAGUUUUACGAUGCCUUCAGAGGCAUCCUUACAUGGUGACUCGACCCGGCGAUACUUGAAUACAAAAGUCACUAGCGCUUUACUAGAAGGAAUGAAAUUGCUGGCUAAGGAAAAGCCAGAGGACCCUCUACGAGUUUUGGGCGAAUAUCUAAUACAAAAGUCGAGAGAAUUGGAAAGCACAGGAUGA